GUGAGAGAAAUACGACUUCCAUAUAUGCUCCCACCACCAGCAUAGCAUAUCUGCUCGGGGGAGCGAAAGAGAGCCUUAUCCGCGAACUCAAGCGAGAAAUCACCAGAGAAUCGAGUACUUGUGGAGGGAAGAGAAACAGAGGAAGCAGCGGGUACAAACAACCUUCCUUCCCUCCAACAAUUGGAUGGCAAUGGCUUCUCUCCACCCUCGACACCAUCCCCCUUUUCUCCUUCUCAGGCCUCAGACGGUGCUAUUCUCUCAGAAGCUGUGCCUCCUCAGCGGACGCAUCGGUCGCGGGGGCAUCCGUUUACGAGCUUCUUCAUCUUCUCCUCCUUCCUCAUCGUCGUCGGACGCUACCACCCAGACGGCAGAGUCAUGCGUGAACUUCGGACUCUCUCUCUUUUCCAAAGGACGAGUAAAGGAGGCUCUCACCCAAUUCGAGACCGCUCUCUCGCUGGAUCCCAAUCCUGUAGAGGCCCAGGCUGCUCUUUACAACAAGGCGUGCUGUCAUGCCUACAGGGGCGAAGGAAAAAAAGCUGCUGAUUGUUUGAGAACUGCUCUACGCGAAUAUAAUCUCAAGUUUGGCACCAUUCUCAAUGAUCCAGAUUUGGCGUCCUUCAGGGCUAUGCCAGAAUUUAAAGAGUUGCAGGAAGAGGCAAGAUUAGGCGGUGAAGAUAUUGGGUACAGCUUCAGGAGAGACCUCAAGCUCAUUAGUGAAGUUCAAGCACCAUUCCGAGGUGUUAGAAGAUUCUUUUAUGUCGCACUUACUGCUGCUGCUGGAAUAUCAACCUUUUUCACUGUGCCGAGGCUGGUUAGUUCAUUACAAGGUGGUGAUGGUGCCCCUGAUUUGUGGGAGACAGCAGGAAAUGCUGCCAUCAACAUUGCAGGCAUUAUUGUACUUGUGGCACUGUUCAUUUGGGAUAACAAGAAAGAGGAAGAGCAGCUUGCACAAAUAUCACGGGAUGAAACUCUGUCAAGAUUGCCCUUGCGUUUGUCAACCAGUAGGAUUGUCGAACUUGUUCAGCUCCGUGACACAGCUAGGCCAGUAAUUCUUGCUGGGAGCAAAGAAACCGUUAACAGGGCUCUUGAAAAAGCUGAAAGGUUUAGGACUGAGCUCCUUAGACGUGGUGUUCUUCUGAUUCCUGUUAUCUGGGGCAGUGACAAAAGAGAACCUGUUGAGAAGAAAGGUUUUGGUGGUCCUGUAACUGCAUCCACAUCUCUUCCUUCUGUUGGGGAUGAUUUUGAAAAACGGACGCAAUCUAUAACUGCAAAGUCACGCUUAAAAGCAGAGGUCCGAUUCAGGGGAGAGGUUGUGUCACCCACUGAAUGGGAAAGGUGGAUAAUUGAACAGCAAAAAGCUGAAGGUGUUAAUCCAAGGGAAGAUGUUUAUAUAAUACUGCGGCUUGAUGGUCGGGUUAGAAGAUCAGGAAGGGGCAUGCCGGACUGGCAACAGAUUGUCAAGGAAUUGCCUCCCAUGGAGGCAUUGCUGAGCAAGUUAGAAAGAUAGACCUCAGCGGAAAAAAUUAAAAAGACAGAUAAAUUUUGCUAAGCGGUGAAAAUUCUUUCAUGCAUUUCAUGGCGUUGUUCUCGUGGCAGCAAACCUUUCGUACACUCAAGUUGCUGAUAAUGUCUGAUUGGAUUGUCGCUUCCCUCCACCAUUAAUUUUCAAUUUUCAGUUCUCCUAGGCUCGUUUCAACAAUUUGGAUGGUUAAAUGGGAGCUCACUUUGUAAAAAAAUGUGUCCAUAUGAACUGUAUGAUCGAAUAGACGAUGCUCGCUUUUGACUUCUAAGCGAAUAUCACCACGGAAUCGCUCUUCAUCUA